AUGGUUGUAGUAUUAGUAACGGCUUUAUUUUUAGGUAUUGCUGUUGGACGUAUUCUAUGUUCCAGUUAUACCACGAUUAAAGCUACUGUAAAUCAGACUGAAAUUAUCGAAAUGGAAAAAGAAAAUACAGAUCGGCUGUUAGAACAGUUGUUACCGCCGACUGUAGCUCAGCAACUCAAACAAUGUAAAACUGUUCGUGCAGAAGCAUUCGAUGAUGUUACUAUUUAUUGCAGUGAUAUAUGCGGUUUUACUAAUAUUUGCCAUAGUUGGCGACCUAUUCAAGUUGUCUACAUGCUUAAUGGAUUAUAUACGUUAUUUGAUCGAAUUAUCGAUCGAUACAGCGUUUAUAAGUUAGAGACUAUUGGUGAUGCUUAUAUUGCGGUAUCUGGUGCACCAAAAACGCUUCAACAACGCCAGCAUGCAAAAGAAAUUGCUUGUAUGGCACUAGAUAUUGUCGAAGGAAUGAAAACACUUCGAAUACCUAAUAUGCUAGAUACACAAUUGUCAAUGAGAAUCGGUAUUCACACGGGUCCUUGUGCCGCAGGAGUGGUUGGAUUGAAAAUGCCGCGGUAUUGUCUCUUUGGUGAUACCGUCAAUUUGGCAUCUAAAAUCGAAUCAACAGGAAAAGCAUCACAAAUUCAUCUUAGUCACACAACCUAUGAAGCGUUGGAGGAAAUUGGAGGUUACGAAAUGGUUUUUGAUGAAGUUAAAUGCCUAUUGGUAAAGAAACUUUUCUUUGUUGUAAAUGAAUUAAACCACAUACUUACAAAAUUAAGAACUUAA